CUUUUAAUAUAGAAAAUCUCAACUCCAAUUACUACAGUUCUUAGUGAUUCUUUUCAAGAAUAUUCGUUCUUAUUUGCUGGUCAUCCUGAUAAUUAAGGGAGUUUUUGUUUUUGUCUACAUAAAUAUCAGAUUGUCGAAGAGGGAACUGAAUUUAUAUAGCACUUACAAUUGUUAGUAUAUGAUAUUUAUGUUGCAGGAACGGGGCAAUGAAAGUGAAAAUACUGCAUGGCACGCUGUUGCUUCAUGGACAUGGGAUGCUCAGGAUGAAACUUGCGGGAUAUGUAGGAUGGCUUUUGAUGGUUGCUGUCCUGAUUGUAAACUCCCUGGGGAUGAUUGCCCGCUAAUCUGGGGUGCUUGCAACCAUGCAUUUCAUCUUCAUUGCAUCCUGAAGUGGGUAAACUCACAAACUUCUCAGGCUCAUUGCCCCAUGUGUCGUCGAGAGUGGCAGUUUAAAGAAUGAGGUCAAAAUUGUUAGCACCUCUUUGGCUGUUUCUUUCCAUUUUGCCCCUCAGCUCCUCACCGCAAUUUCUCUUUAAAAAACGAGAAGAAUUCCAGGUUUCUUCUGUUCUGUUUAGGUAUUAUGUUAUCUAUUAUGUGAUACUGCAACAUUUUAGCAAGUAUAGCUAUAUGCUUAUUUGCACUUAACCGCCGAGUACCAUUAUUAGUUUUCUGGCCAGACAUGGUUGACAUAUAAGAAUGUGGGUGACUGUAAAUUUAGUUCAGGAUUCCAUUACUUUUUUGCAUUUUCUUUCUUCAUUAAA